CUGCGGCACGAUGCUGGUGGCGCGCCGUCCGGCGAGCUCUAGCCCUGCGAGCCUUGCGACGUCGAGCACAGCAUAUCGACGGUCUGCCUAGGGAUCGCCGCGCCGCCGCUAGGCCGCCAGCAGGCCGAGCAGUGUGGGUACGCGACGGGUACGGGCCGCGCAGCGAAGUGACGGCCACGCUUGUGACGAGUGACCUGACAGUGCCGUUAGGACCCACCGCCUGCAACCGCCGCCGCAGCGCCCCAGGCUGCACCGUUCCACCGCACCACCGCCGCCACACGCCGCCACGCCCCGCUGGGCAACGCGGUCGACACGCUGCAGAUGUUGUCGUAGUCCCCGGGAGUCUUGACGCGGACAGGCCUGACAGGCGCCCCGCACCCUGACGGGCCCUGACGCACCGGGACGCACCGCGACGCACCGCACCCCGACGGCUGCAUGCCCCGGCCACCGACCACGGUGGUGUGAGAGUCCACAGGGUCUGCAUCCGCAGCCAUGCCGGAGCAGAGUAAUGACUACCGGGUCGUGGUGUUCGGCGCGGGCGGCGUGGGCAAGUCCUCGCUCGUCCUGCGCUUCGUCAAGGGCACCUUCCGGGAGUCCUACAUACCCACCAUCGAAGACACCUACCGGCAGGUGAUAAGCUGUAACAAGAACAUUUGCACGCUGCAAAUCACGGACACGACCGGCUCGCACCAGUUCCCCGCCAUGCAGAGACUGUCCAUCUCCAAGGGCCACGCCUUCAUCCUAGUGUACUCGUGCACCUCCAAGCAGUCGCUGGAGGAGCUGAGACCCAUCUGGGAGGUCAUCAAGGAGAUGAAGGGCGCCGAGCUGCCCAACAUCCCCGUCAUGUUGGUGGGCAACAAGUGCGACGAGACGGAGAACCGGGAGGUGGCCGUGACGGAAGGCGAGGCCGAGUCCAAGGGCUGGGGCUGCAACUUCAUGGAGACCUCAGCCAAGACCAACCACAACGUCAAGGAGCUGUUCCAGGAGCUUCUCAACAUGGAGAAGAACCGGAACAUCUCCCUGCAGUUCGACUCGAAGGGGAAGUCCCAGCUCAAAGGCACCAAGAAGAUCCGGGAGAAGUGCUCGCUCAUGUAGAGAACGCUAGGCAGGCGGGCACUCAAAGGCAUUCCGAGUCAAUUUUGUUUCACAUCGAAAUUAACACCAAAUUCGUUAUUAUUACUCACAAAAUAAGGUAUGCUUCCGGAGUAUAAUGUCGAAACAUGCUAGGCAUGAAUUUUGCUAGAGACAUGUAGACUGCGUUUUAUAUUAUUGUAAAUGGCCACGAUAUGAUGAAGACGUGUAGAAAUGCCUAAAGGGUGCGUAUGGAUACGAAUGGGAACGGAUCGUCCACACAUUCCGUAACGCAAUUUCUUAACUCUGUCCGUUUCGCUCCCUAUGGACUUUCAAUGAGUGCGACAGAGACAGAAGGCUUUACGUAAUGUGUGGCUACACCGCCAGGCUCUCGCCGCGCUCGUCCUUCGCUCACUUGCAAGUGCCGUCUGACGUUUUCAUCGUAUGGUUGUUGCAUCUUUAUCUAGAAUGUUAAAAAAUUAAUCUCAUCUACAGAUAUUUAUCUUUAAUACGCAUUAAUUAUGAAUUAUGAAUUAAGAUUUACGCACGUAACGCAUAUAAUUUUUUUAAACAUUAGGUACUGGAAUCAUUGAUACAUUGUAUUACUGUAAGUUGUAUUUUGUUGUCUGUUUGUCGAGUACGAGUCUGGCCGGCGGGGGUUCUUGACACUCAAAACCGGGACGAGUAAGGGUGAGACAACGUCGGAAAAAGGCGAUUAAGAAAGAAAAUACUGGGAGACUGUUUCAAAGUCCAGGCUGUUUCUGCUGGCAUAGCGCAGCAUAACGCCCCACGGAAUGGUGACGUUGUCCACUCUUCGGCGGCCUUGUUGAAAAUUAUUGGAACGAAUCGAACGAACCAGAAAUGAUUUGAUAGCCGCUGGAAGUGAGAAACCCGGAGACCAUAAAAGUGUGAAAAAAAAACGCAAGCCAGGCCAGGUGUCUUUUGAAAACCAGUCCGAGCUGGUCUUGUUGUUCCUGAAGUGUUUUUGUUGUUUUUAUAAAAAUGUGUUCGUAGCCACUAAAAUUUCAAACUUCUCUCUUCACCAUAUGUUUAUAGUGUAUGGGAAGCUCUUGUGGGGCUAACGGAAAUCCGAUCUCGUUGUCCAUACAUUCUCUUUGAGAGCGCUGCGCCUCGUGGCUGCUCCGCGCGAUGGGGCCCCGGCUCUACGUUUGAACUCCAGCCGGUCCUGCUGUUGCAAGGACCGGCUGCGCAUGCCUUCCUAGCGGCACUCGCGUUUACGUUGACGGUUCCUUGACCGGGGUUAUUAAUCUUAUUAAUUAAUUUAUUUAUUUAUUCGUGUUGAUUAUUUUAAACCGCAAUUUGUAUUACCUAGAAUGUUCAUUUUCGUAUCUAAUAUGCUCAAGUUUGAUUUCGUCAGAAAUCGUCGGGUAAAAUAAUAACUUUCCAAGAUAAAAUGAAACGGUGUGUUUCUUCCCUCUCAAUGUUCAUUUAAGACACCACAGAAAUCAGAGCGAGACCCGAUAUUUUUCCCUACAACACGCACAGGCAUCAGCCCUUUCAAAAGUGGUACAUAUACAAUGUUUGUCCUCAUGUACUCUACAAAGUGAAGUGUGUACUCAGUAUGCAUCUACAGAUGCAUACUUACAAGUACACACCUACAGAUGCAUACCUAACUGAGUACACAUCUACAGAU